GUUACCACUCUUGACUUACGACCAAUCAAUCCAAAGCCUGUGACUGCUGAGAUAUUUCAUUGUCGUUAACCGUAAAAAACUGCAUUCGAUCGUCAUGGAGCCAGAAUUGCUUGAAAUACUGUGCAAACAGUUCUACGAAUCACGCGAUGCCCAACGACGGGCGGAAGCGGAAAAGGUACUGUACCACUUCCAGGAUGAUCCCGAUGCACUGUCCAAGUGCCAAACGCUGCUGGAUCGUGCGAACUCGAGCUUCUCGCAACUGUUUGCCACAACCAUCCUGACGAAGCUGGUGACGAAAAACAUACAGGUGUUGCGGAUGCAGCAGCGAGUGGACAUACGAAACUACGUGCUGAACUAUUUGGCGACCCGUCCGAAUCUGCAGCCGUUCGUUAUACAAGCGUUAAUAUCGCUGCUCGUGAAAAUAACGAAGCUCUGCUGGAUUGACAUGUACGAGCAGGAGUACGUGUUCCAAAAUAUUCUGCAAGAUGUGAAGGAGUUUCUCGGCGGAUCCGUGGAGCACUGCGUAAUUGGAGUACAAAUUCUGUCGCAACUGACCGUGGAGAUGAACCAACAGUCGGAAGCGGCCUGCAAUCUCACCUUUCCCAAGCAUCUGCGCAUCACGAGCCUGUACCGUGACAAGAUGCUGUACGAUAUUUUCAUACUGGCGUGCACGUUGCUUAGCCAGGCGAAAGAUAAUGUUUGCAAAAAUUUGGCCUGUUUGGAUGAAGCUCAACAGGGACUGUUUACGCAUCUGCUAGAGCUGGCACGGAAUUGUUUGAGCUACGAUUUCGUCGGCGCUACGGCUGACGAAUCGUCGGAUGAUAUCGCUACGGUACAGAUACCGCCCAACUGGCGGCCAGCAUUUUUGGACUCGGAAUCCGAUUCGUUGAAGCUGUUCUUCGAUCUGUACCACAUACUUCCGACGCAUCUGUCCAGCUUGGCACUAUCCUGUCUGGCCCAGAUCACAUCAAUUCGGCGUUCGAUUUUUAGCAAUCCGGAGCGUAUCAAGUUUCUCACCAAGCUAGUGAAGGGUGCGACGGAUAUUCUCAAAACGUCACACGGGUUGAGCGAUCCGGAAAACUACCACGAGUUUUGCCGACUACUGGCCCGGCUUAAAUCCAACUAUCAGCUCAGUGAGCUCGUGAUCGUGGAAAACUACCCGGAAGCGAUUCAGUUGAUAGCCAAGUUUACGGUACAAUCGUUGCAAAUGUGGCAAUCAGCACCGAAUAGCAUCCAUUAUUUGCUGUCUCUAUGGCAGCGGCUGAUCGCGUCACUGCCGUACGUGAAAUCGCCCGAGCCGCAUUUCCUAGAAACGUACACGCCGGAAGUGACGAAAGCGUUCAUUACCUCGAAGCUGGACGCCGUCCCUGUGAUUGUGCGCGAAGGGCUUGAAGAUCCGGUGGACGAUACGGAUGUGGUGCAGCAGCAGCUGGAACAAUUUUCUACCAUUGGGCGCUGUGAGUACGACAAAACGUGUGCACUGUUGGUGCAGCUGUUCGAUCAAACGGCCAACCGGUACCAAGAGAUACUGUCCAGCCCAACGACCGCAAAUCAUAUCGAUUUGCAAAUCUGUGAAGGUCAGCUCACGUGGCUGGUGUACAUCAUUGGAGCAUCGAUCGGUGGCCGGAUUGCGACACCUUCGUGCGACGACCAUGACGUGCUGGAAUGCGACAUUAUCAUACGAGUGUUGCAGCUGAUGACGCUAACCGAUUCGCGGUUGCCACAGUGUGGAUGCGAAAAGCUGGAACUAGCCUUUAUGUACUUUUUGGCGCAUGUACGCAGGAUUUACAUCACGGAGCACAUGCAGAAGUUGAAAAUGUUCCCGCGUCUGUCGGAGAUACUGGGAGUGAGUGACGACGAUAUGACCAUGCUGACGGUUACAAGUCGAAAGAUUAUAACAAACCUGAAAUAUUUGGGUAACUCGGAGCCGGUGCUACGAAAGACGCUUGCUUUGUUAAAUGACCUUACCCUAAUCUGCUCUUCCGUGCGAAAGCUCAUCAAAUUAGACGAGAUCCAGUUUAUGUUAAACAAUCGUACGCGUGAACACUUUUCAUUCUUAGGUUCUGGUACGGUAGCUGCCACACGAUGCCGCAGCAUGUUCUACACCUGUCUAGGCCGUUUGCUGAUGAUGGAUCUCGGUGAAGACGUGGAACGUUUCAACACCUUCAUGAUGCCGCUAACGAAAACGAUCGAAAACAUCAUCAUGAUGAACUUUCCAAGUGAAGAAGCCAAGAAGGAGCUGAUAGGAUUGUCACGCGAUUUACGAGGAUUGGCCUUAGCGUUCAAUGCUAAAAUGCCGUACAUGAUGCUGUUUGAUUGGAUCUAUCCCGACUAUUCGCCCAUCUUAAUUCGAGCAGUGCAAAUGUGGGCUCACGAUCCUACGGUCACGACACCAGUGCUGAAGCUAUUCACCGAACUAGUCUACAACCGAUCGCAGCGUUUGGUGUUUGAUGUCUCUAGUCCAAACGGCAUCCUGCUCUUCAGAGAAACGUCCAAGUUGAUCUGUUGUUAUGGUGAAAGUAUGCUAUCACUAAAUGUGCCCAGCGAACAGAUGUAUCCCAUGAAGCUGAAAGGCAUUUCGGUGUGUUUUCAAAUGCUGAAGCAAAUCCUCAGUGGAAACUACGUCAAUUUUGGCGUGUUCAAGCUGUACGGCGAUAAUGCACUAGAUAAUGUGCUUAACAUGACCGCUAAGCUGAUAUUGACCAUCCCGCACGAGGAUAUACUUGUUUACCCGAAACUAUCGCUAUCGUACUACACGCUUAUACAGUGCUUGGCCCAGGAUCACAUCUCAUACCUAUCCACGCUCGAACCACCGCUAUUUUUGUACAUUCUAGAAAGUAUAUCCCAAGGAUUGAAUGCAUUAGAAACUGUCAUUUGUUCAUCUUGUUGCCAAACGUUGGAUCACAUUGUGACGUACAUUUUCAAGCAGCUACAACUGAAUGUAUCUACAUUCCCGAACAAAAAACAUCGCCAGGUAGUUCCGCCAGAAAAUAACAUGUUUUUGAAGGUAAUGGAACUGCAUCCCGAAAUCCUGCAGGGUCUACUAUCGACCAUGAUGAAUAUAGUAAUGUUCGAGGACUGCAAACAUCAUUGGUCCAUGUCCCGUCCGUUGCUCGUGUUAAUACUGUUGUACGAGGAUUGCUUUCGUCGAAUCCGUGAAACACUCAUCCAGUCCCAACCUGUAGCUAAACAGCAAAACAUGGCACGUUUAUUUGAAUUGCUGAUGGAUGGUAUCGAGCGAAACCUGUUAAUUCAGAAUCGGGACAAAUUCACACAGAACCUUUUGCAGUUCCGUCGGGACAUGAAUGCAUCACUCAAGAUUACACCGCAGCCUAACUCGACGGCAAAUGAAAUGGACGAUUAAAACGAGGAACUGCAGUUGGUCAGUGUUGCAGUACAGUCAUACCCAGCAGCAUUGAUUGAACUCGAGAUACAAGAAGGAAACAGUGUUAUCCUUUUUGAUGUUUAAAGUUACUGUAUGAUGGAAAA